AUUUAUUUAUAAACAUUUGGAGAUUUAAAUAGUAACUAUUUUUGAGACCAUGCCACUGUGGACUAACAGAGUACCCAGUGAACUGCAUCAAAUUACUUUGAUGACCAAGUACCCAAAUCCUAAGUCCCGGGAAGCUGCAGAAGAUGAAGAAUACACAAAAGUACGUAGUUGCUAGAAAUGCCAGCUCUUUUAAAGAUAAAGUCUACGUUAGAUGCUACCUUGAUGUUACGGAACCUCCAGCAAAGUCUAAAGAAGGAGAAGCUGUGGUGAUUCUGGUGAAGGAGUUGCUAAACGGUUAGAGAGAGAUGUUACUAUAUGCUGCAAAGAAAAUGACAACCAAAGCACAAAUGGACCGUAAAGAAUAGGUCCAAAGUGUGAAGGAUGUAUUAAGAUAUCUGUUUUGUUUAGAUUUGAUUUUGAAGCUUUGAGUGUUACCGCCGAAGUUGUUGCAUUCAAACUCGAAAAAAUGAUGGAAAUGAAAUCUGCAAUGAAAAUGUCAGCAAGAAGGAAGCCAGUUAGCUGCAUUGUUUUUUUUCUUUUGAUGAGACAGAAAACAGAGAAACCAUUAAACAUGGUAGAGGAGCCUGUGAAGAAGGCAAUAAAAUAGCAGUUCAUGAAAAUGAUAAAGCAAGAGAUGUUACGCAAUAGAAUUUUUGACAAACAGGGUCAAGUAGUCAAACGCAACUCCUUCAAAUACAAAUGAAUACACGAGCUGAGGGUGAAAUAUUGGAAAGUUCAUAAAGUUCCAGAUAUGGAAGCCUUUGUAACUAAAAAAUAAUAGUUCUAAAUCCAU